AUGUCAGAAGAAACAAUUAUGACAAUGAAUGAUCCGGCAAUUAAAAUUGAACCACCAGAAUAUUCAGAAGAAGAUAUUAAACACGAAAUUCAGGAUGAUAUUGAUGUUUUUGAUGGUAUUGUUAAAUCUGAAUCGUGUUCUGAGGAUGAUGAAACCUGUUUAGAAAAUUUCAUGAACUCUGAAGUGACAAUCGAAGAAGAAGUGAAACAGGAGUUAGUCGAGAGAUCAGCUUAUGAAUGUGACAUUUGUGAUCAAUCAUUUGCAGAAUCUGAUCAAUUAAAAGAGCAUAUGGUCGAUCACAAGCCUAGUAAUAGCAAAGAACGCCCUUUAAAAUGCGAAAUAUGUCAUAAGACUAUCAAACAAAAAGGUUACCUGAAAACUCACAUGCUUUUGCAUAGUGGAAAACGCCCCCAUGAAUGCAGUAUAUGCAACAAGACAUUCACACAAAGAAGUAAUUUGAAUAAGCACAUGAUCAUUCACAUUGGUGAGCGUUCCUACAUUUGUAGUAUAUGCAAUAAGACAUUCACACAACCAAGUGAUCUGAAUAAACACAUGAACAUUCACUUUGGUGAGCGACCACAUCAAUGCAGUAUAUGCAAUAAGACAUUCACACAAUUCGGUAAUCUGCAAAGACACAUGCUGAUUCACAAAGGAAUACGCCCUCAUCGAUGCAAUGAUUGUAAUAAAACAUUCACACGAUUCUAUCAUCUGCAAAGACAUAUGCUGAUUCACAAAGGAACACGCCCUCAUCAAUGCAAUGUUUGUAAUAAGACAUUCACACAAUUUGGAAGUCUUAAACGGCACAUGCAAAUUCACAAAGGAAUAUGCCCUCAUCAAUGCAAUGAUUGUAAUAAAACAUUCACACGAUUCGAUCAUCUGCAAAGACACAUGCUGAUUCACAAAGGAAAACAUGGCAAUUUAUAG